CCAUGGCAACCAGACCUCUGCAUUGCGGAAGCUGGUCCCGCAGCUCUCCACUGUUGGGAAACCGCGGCGGACGCCGCCCCCAUCCCGAGGGACUCGAAAAUGUACAGCCAGCGAUUUGGCAUCGUACAGCGGGAGGUUAAGGGCCCCACUCCCAAAGUGGUGAUCGUGAGAGCCAAGCCUCCCCAAGUUCAUGGGGCUGAGCAACAUCUGGAAAGAAUCCAACGCUGCCAUCAGAAACAUCAUGCUAUUUUGGCUUCUAUUAAGUCAAAGGAGAGAGAUCGCUUGAAAGUUGAGUGGGACCAGCACAAUGAUCGCAAGUUUGUGGACAGUCUUGUGAAAGCAAGAAUCAAGGAUGCCAUGCAAGGUUUUAUGAUCAACACUGAAGAAAGACGAAAUAAGCUACGUGAACUUUUAGCAUCAGAAGAAAGUGGGUAUUUUACUGAAAUGCAGUUGAAAGAAGGAACAAUUGAGGAGAAAAAAGAUAGAAUGAGAGAUAAAACCAGAUUAUUGAAAGAGAAGAAAGAAAAAGAGAGACAAGAUCUCGUGGCUGAAAAACUAGACCAGCAAUUCAGAGAACGCUGUGAGGAGCUCCGUGCUGAACUGUUUUGUAUCCAUCAGAAGAAGGUGUGGGAGGAGCGAAAAGCACAGAUAGCUUUCAAUGAGGAGCUGAAAAAACAGAAACUGGUGGAAGAGCAGAUGUUCUCAAAGCUCUGGGAAGAAGACCGAUUAGCCAAGGAAAAGCGAGAAGCUGAAGAGGCGAGGAGGCAGAAAGAGCUGGUGGAGAACACACGCCUGGGGCUGAAUGCCCAGAUCACCGGCAUCAAAGCGCAAAGGCAGGCUGAGCAGCAGCUGAAGGAAGAGGAGGCACGCUUUGUGGAAAAUGACAAAGCACAGGUGAAACUUGAGAACGAACAGGAUAAGCUAAAGAAACGGAAGACAAAACAGGAAAUUAGAGCUGCUUUGCAAAAAGCCCUCCGAGAGAAGAUAGAACAUAUUCAGCAGGAAUACAGAGAAGAGCAGGACUUGAACAUGAAGCUCGUGCAAAGGGCUCUUCAAGACUUAGAGGAAGAGGCUGAUAAAAAGAAGCAAAAAAGAGAAGAGAUGGCAAGAGAACAGGAGAUAUAUCGUCAGUAUGUGGCGCAGCGGCGUGAGGAGGAGAGAGCUCAGGAGAACGAACUGGACAGAGUAUUAGAGGCAGAGAAGGAAAAGAAGUUGGCUGAGAAGGACAAGGAGCUGAGACUUGAAAAGGAGGCAAGGAGACAACUUGUGAAUGAGGUCAUGUGUACAAGAAAACUUCAAGUUCAGGAAAAAUUGCAACGAAAAGCAAAAGAACAGGAAGAGCGUGCUAUGGAACAGGAACGCAUAAAUGAAGGUCUUCGAGAGCUUAACCGUGAAGAGAAGGAGAAUUUUGCAAGGCGCUCCAGUUUGGUCCAGGAAUACAGGAAGCAACUUCAGAUGCAAAUAUCCUACCAGCAGCAGGCCCGGGAAGCGCAGAAGGAAGAGGAACGCCGAGAGUUUGAAGCAGGGCGAGCAGCAAACAAGAUUUGCCAGGACAAGAUCAGGGAGAUCCUGUCCUUCCAUCAAGUGCUGCCCCGCAACAUUCAUCCCAUGCGGAGGGCAUGCCCUGAUAAGCUUCCGCCGUAGUUUCAUUAAUGUUAAUGUAUUUUUUCUCAGUCUUUUAAUGUUUUUAACUACAGUAUGCCGGUCUGUUCCUUUCAACUCAUGGAUAAACUUCCUUUAUUUCUCUGAGUUUGCAUAAUUCUAUGUAAUGUUAUUCCUUCAAAUUCAACUUCGUGCCUUUUUUAGACUUUAUAGACUUACAAAUC